AUGAGCCCAAGCUACGCCGACAACAUUGACAAGCUCGUGGAAGAUAACUACUUCCACUGGGAGUUCAACGUGUGGAUGAAGCUCGCUUGGAAGGGUCUGUUCCCGCAGAUCAUCAAGCCCGAUCUUACGUACCAAGUUUACGUCCGUGGAGCAUUAACUGCCGCUGAGGCGUGGGCGACGUUUGAAGAGCACUUCAACAAGAAGACGCUCAACAACCGGCUUCUGGUCACCAAGAAAUUGAACAACUUCAAGAUGAAGCCCUGUACCAAGUUCGCUUCGCAUUUCGAUCAGUUCAAGGAGAUCGUCCUCCACAUGGAGUCGAUCAGUGAGUCUCUGUACGAGACUCGCCAGCUCGUGUUGCUCCUUGGCAGUUUAACGGACGAGUACAAGUUGAUCAGUACUGUCCUCGAGAGCACGCCCAACGUGACGUUGGCCUACGUAAUCCAAGCAUUCUCUGGUGUUCAAGCGUCUGAUGAAUCGUCAUCGGCUCAAGAGAAGGCUUUCGCUACGAAGAAGAAGGACUUCGGUGGCAAGUUACGUUUCAAGGGCAAGUGCUUCUACUGA